AACAUUUGAUCAAUACAUAAUGGUUAAAAUAGUGAGCCUAUUAGAAUGUGAUGAAUCCAAGAUCUAUUUUUAUUAUUAGAUGAUCUUGGUUUGGCGCCACCUAUCCACAUGACUUAAUAUCUGCACUAUUUUUUCGAGGAAAUCCGAGAAGCAAGGCGGGAGAUGCCUCACACGCCAUUCAUUCAAAAAACGUCAGAUAACAACUCACAGUUAGAUAAGAAGAAGGCAAAUUAAGAUGUCAGGUGCUGGCAGGCGUGGCCGUGCCCCUUUUAACCCAAAGGCCGGCUUUCAACAGCGUGAGCAAGCUGGAGCAGCGAACGUCAUGAAAACUUUGUUAAAACAAGCUAGGCAAAGCGGUCAGUUAAAUUUGUCCAACAGAGCGUUAGAAGCAGUUCCUGAGGAAGUCUGGAGAGUUAACAUUGAUGUCCCAGAGGAGGCUCAGAACAUCACACUAGACAAUACAGAGGACAGGUGGUGGGAACAAGUGGACCUCACAAAGCUUAUCUUAGCCUCCAACAGACUUACGUCCAUCUCAGAGAACAUCAAACUUUUGCCUGCCCUGAGUGUGAUUGAUGCCCAUGACAAUUUGAUUUCAUCUUUACCUGAAGCUCUUGGCCAGCUGACAGAGUUGGUGAAACUUGUUUUAAGUCAUAACCAGCUAACCAGCGUGCCAUCAUGUGUGUGCCAACUAAGAAAACUACAAAUUCUGCAUAUCAGCCACAACAAUCUUAUGGAGUUGCCUAAUGAUAUAGGGGAGCUUUAUUACUUGGAAGAUGUGGAUUUUUCAAACAACAAGUUGACUCUCCUUCCACGUACCAUUGGGAACUUGACAAAAGUGAUGAAAUUCAAUAUUGCAAACAACAAAUUAGCAAAUAUGCCUCCUGAAAUUGGCGAAAUGAAUGCUCUGAGAAUUUUGGAUGCCACCCACAAUGAGAUACAUUCAUUACCAGAUGAACUUGGCUACUUGGCCCACUUAGAACAGCUCUUUUUACGACACAAUAGAUUGACACAUCUGCCAUUGCUGGAGAGAUGCACUGCAUUGAAGGAACUCCACCUGGGUAACAAUGCCAUCCCCAGUCUGACUCCAGCGCACCUGGAAUGUCUCCAGGCUGUGUCCUUCCUAGAUGUCAGGGACAAUAAACUGACCGUCAUACCAGCAGAGAUCACAAUAUUACAAGACUUAGAGAGGCUUGACCUGUGCAAUAAUGACAUAUCUAGUCUCCCAUAUGAGAUGGGGAACAUGAACAAGCUUAAAGCCAUCAUCCUAGAUGGGAACCCUUUGAAAAGCAUAAGAAGGGACAUUGUCAUGAGGGGAACCAAUGAACUCAAGAAAUACCUGAGGAGCAGAAUAGCCACAGAAGAAGCCCCCAGCAAAGCCCCUCAGAAAGGUGUGAAAAGCCAGCAGGGAGGCAGUGGCGUGAUUGGAGGGGGUGAGGGGGUAGAUGCUCACACUGUCAGUCAACUCAAGUCUUUAGACUACAGUAACAAGCAAGCCAGUGAUGUGCCCCCUGAUGUUUGGGAGUUAGCAGCCAGCAGUGGAGUAAACUCUGUCAAUAUGAGUAAAAAUGCCUUCACAAUGUGGCCUGAAAAUUUGGUUCUUUUAGUGGAUACUCUGGAAGAUUUAAACUUGGGAUUCAACAGAAUUUCAGCUCUUAGCACAGAUGUGGGUCUUUGUCACAAACUGGUCAGUUUAGAUCUCAGAAACAAUCAACUGACCACUCUACCUCAGGAAAUGUCUUCUUUACAAAAUCUCCGGUUUAUAACUUUGGCUUGCAAUCGGCUGAAGCUAUUACCACCGGUGUUGUAUGAGCUGGUAAAAUUGGAGAGUAUCCUGGCAUGUGACAAUCAGAUCAAUUCCAUUGAUGUCCCUGGAUUGCUCAGACUGCGUGAACUGGCCACUUUGGACCUCAGUAACAAUGAUAUUAUGCAAAUCCCCCCAGAACUUGGAAACUGCACUAGCCUCAGGUCUCUGCAACUUGGAGGAAAUCCUGCCAGAAACCCACGGCCUGCCAUAUUAGCCAAAGGAACUGUUGCUUUAUUGGAAUACCUUCGUGAUAGAAUCCCCACAUAAGCCAAGCAGCUGCUCUCCAAGGUUUGAUGCCUGCCAUAAUUGUAGUUGUUUAAGACUUGUGCAUAUUUAUGAUGUUUUUUGAGGAAUGACUAGCACCAUAUUUUAAUGGCAGAUGUAUUGGAUAGGCAUAUUGUGAUUAUUUGUUAUGAAUCAGGGGCGGAUUGAGGCCGUCUUCUGGGUUUCCCAGAAGACGGUCAGAUUUUCAAGUUAACAUUGACAGGUA